GCGGGGUGUGGGAAGGGAGAAUUCUUGGGAACGUUGUCUCAGUAACACUGUUUCUUCUCUAACAGAGGAGCCCAGCUCUAUUCUGUUUUCUUUGCUGCACUUCCCAAGAGCGGCUAAGUUAUGCCGGGCAAACUAAAACAAAUAGAACUGCUCUGCUACUGCUGUGUCUCCCAUUCUUUCCAGCUGCAGUGCGAGUGUAGAAUAGGGCAUGCUGUCUCCUAAUGGAACCCUCUGCCAACUGGAUAAAUGCUGGUAGUGUGGCAAGUUUCCAGUGCCAAAGGAUCCCGGUCCCUGAGGGACGUACCUAAAGGACUCUAUCAAUUAAUGAAGACAUGAAGUGAGCAUGCAAUGAAUGCCUAUGAGAAGCCUGCACUGUUUUGUCUGGUAUUCCACUACAGGAAAGGUAAAUCAUCUGAGAUAAAAUGUUCAUAGCUUCAAAUGCUCAGCACAAUGAUCCACCAGCUUUCAGCAAUGGAGGAAUGCAUCUGAAGUCCAUUCCACUGGACAAAAUCCCAGCAAAUACUUUGACUCCAAUCAAAGAUCUUGAGAAACUAUGCAUGGAAGAGCCAUGUUCAUCAGGGACUCCAGCCAAAAAGCCCAAGAAAUUGGUUUCCACGACAGCUCUUCAGUCGACGCUGAUUCAAGAUGGAAAUUGCCCUCUUGAGUUUCCUAAUCUCAGUGUAAUAAAGCCAAGUGGUGCACAAGGAAAUAAAUUAUAUGGGAAGGAUCCAGCACCACUUGAAAUAAGGGGUUACUCCCCAUUCUCUGAGCCUGAUUUUGUUUUGGAAUCUCCAGCCAAAGUUUUUGAAAGGAUGAAGACAUUCGCAGCUCAAGAGAAACAACUUAAAACACCCAUUAAAAAUCAAAGACUCUCUGAUAUUAUAAACUGCCAACGUGACAUGAUAUUGACACCUAUUACAAAUCUAGCAGUUUAUAGCAGAGAGCGGGAAAGCCGACUGUUCCAUAAGCAAACCGUGAAUAUUGAUGAGAAGCCUAUCUGUAGCAACAUGUAUUCAGACCCAGAAAUACCUAAAGACAUCCUAAUUGCAUCUCCAGCAAAAGUAUUCCUCCUAAUGAAACAGAAGGCUUUGGAGCGGCAACAAUUAAUUCAUAAAGAUGUCACACACAGUCAGAUUCCCAAGGGAGUAGAUAUUAAUACAUCAAACACUGGCUCAAACUUUGUCUUUGCUCCUGAUAAGCCUGAGAAACCGGCAAAGCAUGGGGCCUUCCUGAAUGGCAGCGAAGAAUGCAUUGUGAGCAGCACAAAUCCCAGCCCAGACAUAGCACUGGGUGAAAAAGGAAACGAAGGCGAUGAUGAAAUGUCUCAACGAAGCCACCUAAGUUUAUUGCAGAAUGAAACGUUGACUCCCGAAAUCUGUAAACUCAUAAGUCCAAGGAAAAGCAGGGAGAACAUGAAAACAGCAAGUGAACACUUGAAUAAUAAUAAUAGAGGUUUUAUGGCCGGGUCAAAGCUUAUGUCAGGAACUAAGGAAUUCAAAAACCUUGGCAUUAAAGGUUCCACCUUAUGCCCUGAUAUGUGUGAUAUUUUACUAAUAUCCCCUAAAAUUCAUAUUCCAAGAAAGUCCAGAGAAGUGCCAGCUACAGUUCAUUGCCCUGAUACAACCAGAAGUAAUCCAAAAGAAGAGGAAAACAUUCUCUUGACUGAAUGGAUUAUAACAUUUUCUGGUAAAGCUGGUGUUUGCUUAGAGGGGAAACGGGUGGAUGCCUCGGGGCUGUAUUGGCACAGUAAUGUUAUAGUGGAACGAAUCCAAAGUGAUAAAGUGAAGACUUUUUCUGGUCGUGUCUAUAAAUUGAAAGGGAAGGCUGAUACAGCCACUAUGCAGUUGGAAGGAUUUCCCUCAUGGUUUGUGCAAAAGUUUGCAUCAGGCUUUCCAGAAGAUUGGAAGGCUCAUGUGGAUCGUGUUCUGAAGGAAAGACACAGGAUUAAAGUAGAAGGAAAAAAUGUUAACACUAGGAAGAAUGAGGAUAUUGAACAAAAGAGACUGAAGGGCAUUCAACAAGAAAGGACAAAACAUUGCUAUUCCAGUAGCACGGACACAGAAAAUAAGUCAGUCAAACGACGGCAUGAUUUAACAAGAGAACUUGCAAAGCUCCUACCUAGCUCUCCCUCCAUGGGCACCAGAUUCUACCUUCGUGAUAUUGCCCAGAGAAAAACCAGGGCUUGCAAAAAAGGCAAGGAAUCAAAGACUGUUCAACAUGAAAUGACAUACAGCUGGGAUUCCAGUGACUCUGAUACAGACAGUAAAAGAACUAGAAGAAGGAAAAAAGUAUCAAAGAAACAAAAAUCCAAGUUACCUGAUAGCCUUUCCACAAGGGAUGCCAGAACCAAUACUGGCCGUAGUAGCAAUUCUGUAUAUGGUUUGUCAUCUGAAGAAUCGCAAGACCACGUAUCACCCACUGUUCCAAAAGGAAGGCCAGCACUGGGUAAGAGCAAAAAUUCAGUUACAGGCCGACAGACUAAGCAAUCAGAGGAAUUGCACUCAUCAACCCUACCUAAACCUUUCUCCAACAACACAAAAAACACUCCUGCUCAAGCAAAAAAUUCAACAUAUGAUUUGUCUCCCUCUGAGAGUGAUGUUGUCAUCCAUUCACGCACCACUAGAGGCACCACUAGAUAUUCAGCAAGUGGAAAGCAAAGCGUGGAGAAUGAGAAAAACACCCCACCUGCACAGCAGUUGAAUCGUGAUGCCACCGUGAGCCGCAGUGGACGAGUUAUUAAACCUCUUCUAAAAUACUGGUGUGGAGAACGAGUGGUGACUGACAGUAACUUAAAUUUUGUAAUUGAUGAAGGAACAACAAAUUAUUUAGAGACAAGUCUGGUUAAAAGAAAGUCUGAAAUUAAAUGCAAGCAGCCACCUACUCCCAAGGAGUUAGGCAAACAUUCCCUUAGGCUUAGCGAAGGCACUUCCAACAUGGAGAGGCAACAAAGAUCAGCAUCACAGCUUGGAAAAGAGAGUUGGAAAGAGGAUUCUAUUUCAGUAGGGAAGGCUUGCUCGGAAGACCCAACCCCGUCACAGACAGAGGAGAGCGAUAAUGAGGAACUUCCACAAAAUCCUAGCACAAAAUCCCCUGUGGUGGUGCUUACGCCAAUUCAUUCAAAAAGUCAGUUACGGAAAAAGUGCAUUAAACACAAUGUGCACUACGAAAGCUCAAAUAAGAGUGAAACAGACACAAGUGUUUUUGAAAGUGAAAUUGAAACACAGCCGUUAGUAGAGAAAAAUUGCAAUGGGGACCGGAUUUCUAAAUCGCCUUUGCAGAAACCACGCAUUGCCCCUGUCGUUCUGGGGAAUAAAUUGUCUGAGACUGAAUCUUCCAGUGAGGAGGGUAAAUCUACCCAUAUUUCUGUUAAAAGGAAGCCAAAGACUUUGUCACAAAAGGACAUAAAGAAAUGUAACCAAGACUUGCACGCUGAGGGAAAUAAAUAUUGCUCUUUGGAAUUUCUAAAUAAUUUGCAAAGUUCUCAAAAAGAGCCCCUAAAACAAAAAAGCCCACACCAUAAAAGUAGUAGGGGAUAUAAAACUGCACUAAAAAGCAGUGAUCUUACAAGCUCUGCCGACUCUGAUAAGGAAAAACGACCCAACGCAAGAAAAUCUUGUGUCCUGAACAAUCUGGGAUCUCAAAAGCAAGCACUGCGUGCUUGUAGGUUUGACCUUGAGGGCUCAGAAGAAACAUACAGCUCAGAUAAUGGUCAGCAGAGGCCAAAGAAUCCCACAGCUAGAAGUUCUUUGGGCUCCAUAAGUACUCCUACUUUACAAUUUGCUUUAAGUAAAAGGACAAGGAGUUUACCCAGGAAACAAGGUUCUACUGUGCCGCUUCCAAAAAUGAAUCAUGGUGAGGACUGGACAGAAAAGGAAGUUGAGCGUCUUUACAAGGCAAUAUCUUCUCUACCAAAGCAUAAAAAUGGAUUCUGGGUGGAAGUGGCUAUGUCUGUAGGCAGCCGAUCUGCAGAGGAGUGUCAGGAGAAGUACCUAGAGAAGCAACAGUCAAAGGGAUCUAAAGCUCAAUCUAAAAAGAAGUCCGGGUCCAGAAAAAAAGAACCAAAGGCAGGGAGUGGCUCAGAGGAGAAGCUAGUGAAAAUAACAGCCAAGGUGGGAACUCUCAAAAGGAAGCAGCAAAUGAGAGAAUUUCUGGAACAAAUUCCAAAGGAUGACCAUGAUGACAUUUUCACUGCUACACCAUUCCAGACCAAGAGAGUGAAGUUGCCAACAUUUAGAGCAAGUCAUGAAGACGAUGUCUUCCAGCUGACCAACACUGACCCAACAACACCUUCUUCAAGUAUUUUUCCCUUGGCUUACACCCCCCAGUGUGAGCACAUUAGCCCAGGAAUGCUGGGGUCCAUAAACAGGUCAAACAAUGACAAAUAUGUGUACAGAAUGCAGAAAAACACCAAAGGAGGUGCAUUAUCAGGAUGGGGAAAAUUAAAUAAAAGACCUGCUGGUACUUCAUAUGCCACUCCAGUUUCUCGACGGGCAACAACAGUGAGCAAAGACAAAGGCUGCAAAGAUACAUCAGUCAUUGGAAAACUCUUUAGAACAGAUGAACCAACAGUAUCAGAUGAUGAUGAUGAAGAGGACGACUUUUAUUUUUCUAACUCUCCAUAGGCACAGUGACAAUUUGAACCCUACUUUUCUUGUCAGGAACAAACUGCAUUUUAUUGCUGAUCCUGCCUACUGGAACACUGUUGAUUUCAGUAGCUACAAAAAAAUGUUCUAUCCUUUUAAAAGCAGCAACCAUUGUACACAUGUAAAAUGUUCAGCUGGGAUUUAUCUAACAGUGUAUGUUUUAGGAAUAAUUGUUGAAUAAAUUGGCAGCUAUGGAAUGAACUUCUGUUCCCUGUAUAUAAAAAAAAAAUUAUACAUUUUAAAGUGUGCAUAGUCAUUUGUUCAUUGUUUUACUUACCCUUAAUCCCCAGUUUCCUGCACCUUUUGUCUAAAUAUAUUUAUCUAUGCACAUAUCAGCAAUUUCUUUAAGCUUCUGUUUUUUUUUUUUCCCUUUUUUAAAUAAAAGUGUAUUUUAUUUAUUCAUA